UUUGGCGAAUCUCUAUUGUUUUCUGUAUUGAAGGCUUUCUCUUGAACUGUUCUUUGUUGAAGGUUGUUCUUGUAAUAAGAGCUUUGGAUGUAGCCUAUGCUUUAUGUAUUCUCUUCACCUUAGCCCAAAUUUCAAAGUUAUUGCAUUAGUACAUUGAUAAUUGUUAGAAUUAUAGUGUGAAUACUUAGUGUGAAUACAUCAUAUAUGGCAGCAUGUUUAUAGGGAUUAGAUUAGCAUGUUUAUAGGGAUUAGAUUAGCUUAAUUUUAGGAAUUGCUUUCCUUUCUCUUAGCAUCUACUUGUGUAUAAAUACCUAUUGAUUUCUCUAAUACAAUUCAUUGAGAAUUCAACUCAACUUUAGUGUUUCUGAUUACAUGGUAUCAGAGCUGCCCUAGUGUGCAGAUCCUUUUUUUUUUGGUUUGCCCCUGUGCGCAAACAGUUCAGUUAUUCAGUUCAGGAACUAGGGUUCAACUUUCCUUCUUGUGACCAAUUUCUGGCCAUCAUCUAAUCUCACCACCCCUCCCACAAGACUCGCCGUCCUCCGAUCUGUCGAAAUCUGCUGCUCCGGUUUCUGUUCCUCCAGCCACGCGCCGCCGCCUCCCGCCACGCUCCGCCACGUGCCGGCGAGUGGAACCACCUCCGACCACCGGUUCAUCUCCGACCGACUUCUUUUCAUAUCAGCACUUUAUUUCCAGCCUACCCAUCCGGUCAGUUUUCAGUUACUGAGAUAUUUUUUUUUUGUGAACCUAAAGUGUGGGUAAAGGGCUACUUCUGUAUUAUUAUUUUUUUGUGAUUGCUGAAAUUGUGUUUGGUGUGAUAAUAUGGCUGAAGGAAAGAAAAAUGAACCUAAUAAACCUAUGGUUAGUGGUAUUAUGGCAGUAUCUCCUAGGAUUACUGAUCAUAAAUUGACUGGGGCGUCCAAUUAUGUUGAUUGGUCCACUAAUGUUACGUUGUAUCUUCGGAGUAUCAGAAAAUCACGUCAUUUGACUGAUGACCCGAAAACAGAUGAUGAAGAUUGGAUGGCUGAUGAUGCUUGUCUCUUACUUGGCAUCAAGAACUCUAUUGAUGCUAAGAUUGUUAGCUUGGUUCGUCAUUGUGGGUAUUGCAAACAAAUUAUGGAUUAUUUGAAGUCUUUAUAUGCUGGAAAGGGUAAUGUUUCUCGCUUAUAUGAUACAUAUAAGUCGUUUUAUACUACUGAUCGCCAAGGGCAAUCUGUUCAGGAUUACUAUAUGCAGCUAAAGGACACCUUUGAGCAAUUAAAUGAAUUGCUACCUCUGAGCACAGAUAUUACGGUCCUUCAAGCUCAACGAGAACAAAUGUUUGUUCUCCGAUUUUUAUGUGGACUCGGUUCAGAAUAUGAAGGAGUCACUUCUCAGAUUCUCUCUAGUGCUGAAAUUCCUGAUGGUGAGGAGGCUCUGACUCGUAUUUUGCGCAGUAAUCUAGUUCUUUCAGCCACUCCUUCUGUUCCUCCUUCUAGUGCUCUUUAUAGCCAAAGGCAUACUUCUGACCGCUCUUUUAAGGGUCCAACAAGGGGGAGCACCCGGGACAUGCGAAGUCCAAAUGAUGGAAGCAAACCUGUUGAAUGCUAUUAUUGUCAUGAGCCUGGUCAUACUAAACGAACUUGUCCUCUUCUAAAGGCCAAGGAGAAACGGUAUCGGUCUGCUCAGGUUGCUACUACUGAUGUUACACCCCCUGCUACACUCUCUGCUCAAUCUUACACUCUUACUGCGGAAGAAUAUGCCAAGUAUCAAGAAUCAUUAGCUUCAAAGCGUUCUUCGUCUGUCACUGCUAUUGCUGAGUCAGGUAAUUCCAAUAAGUGCCUCGUUUCUUCGUCUUCAAAAUGGGUCAUUGAUUCUGGUGCUACAGAUCAUAUGACAGGAUCUUAUGACGAAGCAGAUUAUUGGUAGUGGACGGGAAUCUGGUGGUCUCUACGUUUUGGAUACAACCGUUAGAAGACCUGUUGCUUGUUCUACUGUAUCCGCCCCUUUUGAUGAGCAUUGU